AUGGCUUCGUGGCCUUACAAAAAUGGCUCUCUGGCUUUGUGGUCGGACGCCCCCACCUUGGACCCCAGUGCAGCCAACACCAGUGGGUUGCCAGGGGUACCAUGGGCAGCGGCAUUGGCUGGGGCAUUGCUGGCGCUGGCCACGGUGGGAGGCAACCUGCUGGUAAUCAUAUCCAUCGCUCGCACGCCGAGACUACAGACCAUAACCAACGUGUUCGUGACUUCGCUGGCCACAGCUGACUUGGUAGUGGGACUCCUCGUAAUGCCACCAGGGGCCACAUUGGCGCUGACUGGCCACUGGCCCUUGGGCGCAACUGGUUGCGAGCUGUGGACCUCAGUGGACGUACUCUGUGUAACUGCCAGCAUCGAGACCCUGUGCGCCCUGGCUGUGGACCGCUACCUAGCUGUCACCAACCCUCUGCGUUACGGCACGCUGGUUACCAAGCGCCGCGCCCGGGCGGCAGUAGUCCUGGUGUGGAUCGUGUCCGCCGCCGUGUCCUUUGCGCCCAUCAUGAGCCAGUGGUGGCGUGUAGGGGCAGACGCCGAGGCGCAGGAGUGUCACUCCAAUCCGCGCUGCUGUUCCUUUGCCUCCAAUAUGCCCUACGCGCUGCUCUCCUCCUCCGUCUCCUUCUACCUUCCCCUCCUUGUGAUGCUCUUCGUCUACGCUCGGGUGUUUGUCGUGGCCAAGCGCCAACGGCGUUUGCUGCGCCGGGAGCUGGGCCGCUUCCCGCCCGGGGAGUCUCCGCCGUCUCCGUCGCGCUCCCCGUCCCCUGCCACAGGCGGGACACCGGCGGCAUCGGAUGGCGUGCCCCCCUCUGGCCGGCGGCCUGCGCGCCUCUUGCCGCUCCGGGAACACCGCGCCCUGCGCACCUUGGGUCUCAUUAUGGGCAUCUUCUCUCUGUGCUGGCUGCCCUUCUUUCUGGCCAACGUGCUGCGCGCACUCGCGGGGCCCUCUCUAGUUCCCAGCGGAGUUUUCAUCGCCCUGAACUGGCUGGGCUAUGCCAACUCCGCCUUCAAUCCGCUCAUCUACUGCCGCAGCCCGGACUUUCGCGACGCCUUCCGUCGUCUUCUGUGCAGCUACGGUGGCCGUGGACCGGAGGAGCCACGCGCAGUCACUUUCCCAGCCAGCCCUGUUGAGUCCAGGCAGAGCCCAGCGCUCAACAGGUUUGAUGGCUAUGAAGGUGAGCGUCCAUUUCCCACAUGAAGGACCACGGAGAUCCAGUCAGGAACCUAAAGACAAGCAACGUCCAUGGAUGCAACCUUUAUAUAAAGCCCUCGGUUUCUACUCAGAGUCCCCGGGAACCUCAGCUCUCCAGAACCCGAUGACUAGACCGCG